AUGAUGCUUCAUUCUACGCUUAUCAGUGCCUUCACGGCAAUAUUACUCUUACCUUGGUUAUCCAUUUCCGCACCAACUGUAAACCGGGCAACGACUCCUAGAUAUGUCUUUGCCCACUUCAUGGUCGGAAUUGUUGAGAACUAUACACUUACAGACUGGAAAAUGGAUAUGGCAUAUGCACAAGAGAUUGGUAUAGACGCAUUCGCUUUAAACUGUGCAAGCAUCGAUAGCUAUACUCCCACUCAACUUGCACUUGCAUAUCAAGCAGCCAACGAAACUGGAUUUCAUGUCUUUAUAUCAUUCGACUUUGCGUAUUGGAAUAAUGGAAACACCAACAACAUUACAGAUUAUAUGAACAAAUAUGCAUCUCAUCCAGGACAGAUGCAAUAUAAUGGAGGAGCUGUUGUCAGUACCUUUGUGGGUGACAGUUUCAACUGGGCACCGGUCAAAGCUGGAACAAAUCAUUCAAUUUUCGCUAUUCCUAUGAUGCAAGAUCCGAUUGAGGCAACUUAUGAACCAACAUCAUUUGAUGGUGCAUUCUCUUGGUUAGCAUGGCCUACAGAUGGUGGGAAUAGUAUUAUACCUGGUCCUAUGACAACUGUAUGGGAUGAUAAAUUCUUUUUAUAUCUUGCUGGAAAGCCUUACAUGGCUCGUAAGUUGCCAUCACUUAAGAGGAAGAAUGCUGUUAACCCUUCUGUAGCUGUUUCACCAUGGUUCUCCACACAUUUCAACUCUAAGAAUUGGGUUUUCAUCUCCGAAGAACUCAUUACUAAUCGAUGGAAUCAAAUGUUAAAGUUACAGCCUGCACUUAUCGAAAUCAUAUCUUGGAACGAUUUCGGAGAAUCUCACUACAUAUCUCCUGCGGAACCAAAUCACAAAGAUGACGGUUCAUCGCAAUGGGCUGAUGGUUUCCCUCACGAUGGUUGGCGUAUCAUCUCGAAACCAUAUAUCGCUGCAUAUAAAGCUGGCGCAACUUCACCGACUGUCACACAAGAUCAACUUGUAUAUUGGUAUCGACCAACACCUAAAGGAGUCACCUGCACAAAUGAUACACUUGGACCUCCAAAUGGUCGUGAAAUGCUCGCUGAUGACAUAUUUGUUACCACGCUUCUUACAAGUCCAGCAACUUUAAUCGUGACUAGCGGGAAAAAUACUCCAGUUUCCAUCAAUGUACCCGCAGGUAUUGUUACCACGAAUUUUACCAUGGGUGUAGGAAAUCAAUAUUUUCAGGUUACAAGAAAUGGUAAAUCAAUCUUGAAUGGAUAUGGUGGUUUGGAUAUUGCAGAUACUUGUGAGAAGUAUAACUUCAAUGCAUAUGUGGGAUCUUUGAAUGGGACUAGUAAUGCUGGACCACCACCACCGGGUACAACGACAUCCACAAGUACUUUACCAACUUCUACUUCCACUUCAAGUACCACAUCAAUCUCAAUUACAACUUCGACUUCAACGUCAACCACGACGUCUUCAACUACAUCACCAACAACAUCACCAACUACAUCCCCAACUACAUCCCCAACUACAUCUCCAAUAACCACCACCAAUUCUACUUCUACCUCCACUUCCACUUCCUCUCCUUCCUCACCCUCUCCUUCUACAGUCUGCACUUCAGGCUCAGGUCCAGGAAAUUACAUUGGUCUCUGUCAAUUCUGCUGCAAAUACGGCUAUUGUCCUCCAGGUCCAUGUACAUGUCUAUCAUAUGGCGCUCAAAUUCCUCCACCACCGAUUACGAAUCAAACAGGGUAUCCAUUACAAGGAGAAGAUGAUAGUUACUUGGGAUUGUGUAGUUAUAGUUGUAAUCAUGGGUAUUGUCCACCGACUGCUUGUCGGUUGGGUUAG